GCAAUUAAAUUCUUUUUAAGACAAAAGACAAUAAAAGAAAAAGAAGUGCUUAAAGAUUCUGUAUGCUUCCACUUUAUUCAUUUCAUUGCUACCUUUCUUUAAAUCACCCACCACCACCGUCCUCUUCAUCCACUGCAAUACCAUGUCACAUUCUUGCUUAUUAUAUCACUCUUUAUUCUCUCUGUUACUCAUCCUAACCACCGUUUCACUUUUUAAACUCAUAAUAGCUCAACCUGCUGCUCAUUGCAGAACAUCUUGCGGCACUAUUCCAAUAAAUUACCCUUUUGGUAUUGAUGACGGCUGCGGCAGCCCUUAUUACAGCCGCAUGCUUGUCUGCUCCGAUUCGGGAACCCUCGAGUUUCGAACGCCUUCGGGAAGAUACCAAGUUCAUAGCAUUACCUACUCCGAUCCUCAUUUCAUAGUCAGUGAUCCAUUCAUGUGGAAUUGCCAAGAUGGAAGCCACUUCAGGGAAACGAGGCCGUUUAGUCUCGACACGAGUACACAUUUUACGCUUUCCUCUCAGAAUGAUUAUCUUUUCUUCAAUUGUAGUGAAGAGAAAGUGAUCGUGGAGCCUAAGCCGAUCUUCUGCGAGCGAUUUCCUGAUAGGUGUGAUUCGACGUGUGAUAGUGCUAGUUACCUCUGCAGGCAUCUGCCUGGAUGUGCUACUGCAUUAGGUGGAAGUUCUUGCUGUUCUUACUAUCCGAAAGCAACCGAAUCUUUGAGGCUAAUGCUCCAGUAUUGUGCGAGUUAUACGAGCAUUUAUUGGAGAAACAAUGGUGCUAAUUCUCCUUAUGAUCAAGUUCCUGAAUAUGGGAUCAGGAUUGAUUUUGAUAUUCCUGUGACUACACGUUGCCUUGAAUGUCAAGACAUGACCAAAGGAGGCGGAACUUGUGGGUUUGACACACAGUCACAUAAUUUCUUGUGCUUGUGUAGCAACAGAAAUGUCACCACUUAUUGUAGAGAUGAUCACGCCGCUUCCGGGCAGCACAGCAGGGCAGGAGUCAUUGCAGGGACAGUAACAGGAGUUUCAGCUGCUGGAGCCUUAGGAGUUGGUGCUGGACUAUGGUUUUGGAAGAAAGUAAGAGCUAAAGCGCCCGUAACAUGUGGGGUUCAAACCAAUGACAAUAGGCUUUUCUGAUAAAACCAAUCAACUAAAGUAAAGUGCAAACACACCAUACUUUAUUCUUUCUCGACCUUUUUCUUUAUUUAUUGUUUGAAUUGCUUUUUGACGUGCCUUCCUCAUUAAGUUACAUAUGUUCUCAGUUUAAUGCUUAAUUAUAAUGUAAUUUUUGCACCAAUCAGAAAAGCUGCAGGUUUUUGAUGGUA